UAAAAGAAAAAGUUAACGUCAAGUUAUCAAAUUUUCAAAUUGACAAGUUUCCCACUUUCGUUGACUUUCGUUUGUAAACUAAAACUUUUCUGACUUUCAUGAAUGUGGAGUUAAAAGAUAAAAAGACUUAAACAUAGUUGAACUCUUAUUUAUUUGAAAUCACAUGAAACAUGAAGUUGUAAAAUGUGUACUCGCCAAACGCCACCGUGUAAAUGUCAAAAUUAGUUGGUUUUAGGUUUAUUUAAAGAUGCCGCAAAAAUUGGAAAACGGGAACAUGGAUCUACCAGAUAUUGCGGAAGUUCUAGAAGAGACAAAACAGAUAAUACAAAAGUGUUUUACACAGUUUCAAUUAGAUGAAGUGUUUUUUUCCUUCAAUGGUGGCAAAGAUUGCACUGUCUUAUUGGAUGUUACAAUUGAUGUAUUAAAAACUAUGUAUAAGAGAGAAGACAUAGUAAAAGAUCUGAAAGUACUGUAUAUACGGACAAGAGGACCGUUUAAAGAAAUAGAGAAAUUUGUUGAAGAAAUAGAGAGUCAUUAUAAAAUUAAACUCAUAGUGGCAGAAGGAGAUAUAAAGGAAGUGUUACAGGGAAUAACAGAAAGUGAUAAGAAUUUAAAAGCCUGUCUAAUGGGUAUAAGACGGACAGAUCCUUACAGCGAACAUUUGAAAUUUAUGCAGCAAACAGAUGAAGGCUGGCCGCAAUUCCUACGAGUGUCGCCCCUUUUGAACUGGACAUACCAUCAAAUAUGGAGCUACAUACUGCAGCGACACGUGCCUUACUGCAGCCUCUAUGAUAAAGGUUACACGUCAAUAGGCAGUACAUCGAACACGUGGCCUAACCAGGCACUAGCUUAUAGUGAAAACGGUGUGGUGUCGUAUCGGCCCGCGUGGCAGCUGCAAGACGCCACGCUGGAGCGCGCCGGCCGCGGCAAGCUGUACGCAAACGGACACGCCCAUGCGCAAGCGCACGUGGACGUUGACAUACAGGCUAACUUAUAAGUACGUAGCUAGGGAAAAAUACAAGUGAAGUAACGUGCGUUUAUCAUAUUACAGUGAUCUUGUAGAAGAAAUAUAGUGCAAUUAUUAAUUUAUAAUUUAAAAUACGCCCAAUAUAUCGUAUUUUAGCGAGUAAAAAGUUUUAGUUUACGUAAAUUGUUUGUGCCUAUAAAAUUGUGUCCGAAAAUUGGGAAAAUUGUGUCUUCAAAAAUACUCGUGUAUAGAAAAUUGAAUUUAAUAACAUAGGGAAACCCAACACAACGUUAAACGCAAUUUAUCAUCUCAAAUUAUAUUUAAGUGUUCUGUAUGUCACAAAUAUAUUGAUUGCUAUAUAUGGCAUAAUUAUAUAAAACAAGAACAAAACUCUUAUCUAAUAUAAAACAAAUUUAAUGAAAUUAAACUACUAUUCACAUUGGGUGCUUGAAGAGCCCAUAAUUGGUUACCUCAACUGCCUGAACCACAAAAUCCUUUCCGGUAAUUAUUUUGGAUUGUUUGUACUUAUGAGUUUACUUGCACUUGCAAAUCAGAUAAUUAUCUUUUGCUUCAAGCUGUUAUUGUUAAAAGUAAAAUUGUUUUUAAUUUUAUUUGACAGAUAAAAUUAUGUUCUACAAAAAUAUGUUUAGUCUGUCAAUGUAACUGAUUGGAUUUCUUGUUCUUUAAUUUUUUUUUAAUUUAUGGAAUGUUUUUAUUUUUGCCAAACUAUUUAUUUUAUUGUACUUUUUUUCUACAGAUCUAUUGAAUUAUACCAUACCAAUAUUUAAUCUAUAGCGUGAUAAUUUUACCUCGUUUUACAGAAAUUAUUUAUUACCAGUGCAAAGAAUCAUUUAAUGUACUUUUAUUUGUACUUAAUUUUAAAUACAUG